CCUGCACUCCCCCUUCCUCCUUCUCUCCCUCCCUCUUUCUCUGUUUCUCUGUCUAUUAGCAGCCACUGUUUUAGCAUGAGCUCGGCAAAUAGAUAGAUGAAAAAGAGGAGUAGAGGCAUGGAUGGAUAGUCUUCUCCCACUUUACAAGCAUUUCUAAAGGAUGGCACGAGAUGACUUGGACUAAUGGUGGUUCAUCAAUAUCUAGAUCAUCGUCUUACCUGACCUUUGGAGGGAACCCGUCUUCCGUUGCACGUAUCUAAAAACACAUCAGGCCAUAUCUGAUCAUGAAACUUGGUGUCAGAGAGAGCGAGAGAAAAGAGAAAGAAACAGCAUACGCACAUACCAGAUACCACAUUUCAUUUUAAAUACCGCCCCAUUAUCUUGUGGUUUCAAGACACGAUGGAUUUUUUCUUUCAGCGCCAUUUUGGUAGACAUCAAAAAAGACAGAAGCACCCUACUAUUCCUGCUGUUCAGACCAGUAAAGCCAGGAGACGCUCUAGUGUUGGCCUGCCCUCCGUAACAUUGGUGCAGUCCAGACGUUCCUCCAUUGGUUUACCUCCAGAUUGUACCGACCAACGCAGACGGGCCAGCGUUGGCUUGCUGGUAGCCAGUGGACAGAAACGACAGUCCAUAAUAGAACUAGGAAUAACAAACACAUGUGAAGCAGCAUCUGGAAAAGUACUUGAGAUAACAGCCAACAAGAGAGGACGAAGGGUGUUUCAUAAUGCUGCUCAUAUCUCCCGCACACGUCGUGGGCUGGCAGCACGAUAUCGACGUCAUUCUAGUGAAGUAAAAUCUAUUGAACCGCAUUUACUUGGAUCAUCGAUGUUACUAGCGAGUCUAGUCCAAAUGGGCAAAGGAGCGAAAGAGGCAGAAGAGGAAGAGAAGGAAGUGGACGCCUCCUCGUGCUCCUCUUCUGAAUCAGACAUAGAAGACAGGAGUUAUGAAGAAGCUGAGAACAUAACCAGGGGAAUAAAAGAACUACACUUACGGCCCGCGACUCAAACUCAAAUGCACCUAACGCGGGCGGCUAUUAUGAAAAACAUUAAAACCCACCCCUUGUCCCGACCCCCCCGCUGUCUGAGGCGAAACUCUUCGCACCUACUUUCAUCAGACACUGUAUUUCAUGAGAGUGAGAUAAGUUAUGGUGUUUACGGGCAAUAUAAUCUUCGAAGGUCAAGUCAAAUCGACUCUGCUGCAAAUAAAGUAAUGCACACUUCUAUGACCACGCCAAGUCUGGGUCAUCUGGCUUCGGCAAGUCUGUGCUCUGAUCUCGAUUCGGACUCCUCUGUGUCGACACUGCAUAAAAGCUGUUCUUCACCACUUGAUGGACCAGAUGGAACAAUAUAUUAUGAUCCCUAUUUGGAUACAUGGGAGAACUUCCUGUCGAAAGCAAUAGCUAAGUCCGGCCUGCACCAUCUUCCCUGUCAGCCCAGCACAUCAUCUCUGAACAGGACCAACCCAGAAGCACAUAUUCGCAGUACCGUGGACUGGACCGAGUCAGCUCUGUAUGGAGAUCACAUCUGGUUUGAUACCAACGUAUCUGGAGACUACUGCUAUGUGGGGGAACAGUACUGUAUUGCCAGAUCACUGCAAAAGUCUGUCGGUCGAAGGAAGUGUGCUGCCUGUAAGAUAGUCGCUCACACCGUCUGUAUAGAACAACUGGAGAAGUUUCCCAGUUCUAAAGCCAUUCUGUUGGAAGAAACCCUGCCCCUCAAUGACCCCCACUUUAGAAUUAAUUUCAGAUGUAAACCGUCGUUCAGAGAGUCGGGGCCUAGGAAUACUCGAGAGCCCAUCGUGGUGCGUCACCACUGGGUGCAUCGCAGACGACAAGAAGGCAAAUGUAAACAGUGUGGUAAGGGUUUCCAGCAGAAGUUUGCUUUCCACAGUAAAGAGAUCGUUGCCAUCAGUUGCUCCUGGUGCAAACAGGCUUACCACAACAAGAUUUCCUGCUUCAUGCUGCAGCAAAUUGAGGAGCCUUGUCCAAUAGGGGCACACGCUGCACUCAUUGUUCCUCCCACAUGGAUCAUCCGGGUCCGACACCAUCAGUCGUCUAUGAAGUCAAGUAAGAAGAAGAAGCGAACAUCAUUCAAGAGGAAAAGCAGCAAGAAAGGAGCAGAGGAAGGACGGCAGUGGAGGCCGUUCAUAAUCCGGCCCAUUCCCUCACAGCUGAUGAAACCAUUGCUUGUGUUUGUAAACCCUAAAAGUGGAGGAAACCAGGGCACGAAGAUCCUGCAGUCCUUCAUGUGGUAUCUGAACCCUAGACAGGUGUUUGACCUCAGCCAUGGAGGACCAAAGGAGGGCUUGGAACUGUAUCGUAAAGUCCAUAACCUGAGGAUCCUGGCCUGCGGAGGUGAUGGCACUGUGGGCUGGAUCCUGUCUUGUCUUGAUGAUCUGAAGUUAAACCCUCAGCCUCCCGUUGCCGUGUUACCGCUUGGAACAGGAAACGACCUCGCCAGGACUCUCAACUGGGGAGGGGGAUACACAGAUGAACCUCUGUGCAAGAUCCUGUCACACGUUGAAGAUGGAACCAUUGUCCAGCUAGACAGGUGGAAUCUACAGGUUGAGCCAAAUCACAGUGCAGGUGCUGAACCAGACGAACAACAGACUGAUAAGCUUCCCCUGGAUGUGUUCAACAAUUACUUUAGCCUUGGAUUUGACGCCCACGUGACUUUAGAGUUUCACGAAUCAAGAGAGGCCAACCCAGAGAAAUUUAACAGUCGUUUUAGGAAUAAGAUGUUCUAUGCUGGGACAGCCUUCUCAGAUUUCCUGAUGGGAAGCUCCAAAGACUUAUCAAAACACAUCAAAGUAGUGUGUGAUGGGACAGAUUUGACCUCGAAGGUUCAAGACUUGAAGCUGCAGUGCCUGGUCUUUCUCAACAUACCCAGGUAUUGUGCAGGGACCACACCUUGGGGAAACCCUAGUGAGCAUCACGACUUCGAACCUCAACGCCAUGAUGACGGUUACAUUGAGGUCAUUGGAUUCACUAUGACCUCACUGGCAACACUCCAGGUCGGAGGCCACGGUGAGAGGUUGAAUCAGUGUCGAGAAGUCACCCUUACAACUGCAAAACCUCUUGCAGUACAGGUGGAUGGUGAACCUUGCAGACUUGCUCCCUCUGUCAUCCACAUCAGCCUUAGAAACCAGGCCAACAUGGUUCAGAAAACCAAAAGACAGACCUCACUACCGCAUCUCAAUGAUCAGCAGCCAGUCCCGGAGAAGCUGAGGAUCAGAGUCAACAGGAUCAGUAUGUCUGACUACGAGGCAUUACACUACGACAAGGACAAACUACGCCAAGCAUCUAUUCCUCUGGGUCUGAUCGUCGUUCCCGGUGACAGUGACUUAGAAAUCUGCAGAGAACAUAUUCAGCGUUUGCAGGAGGACUCCUGCUCUGUCCAACCCUCCUUCAGAUGUUUGGGGCUGCAGGAGGAGGCAGCCACACCAAAGAUCCUUUCCUCACAGAAAUUAUCUCCAAAGUGGUGUUUCCUUGACUCCACAACAGCAGAUCGUUUCUACAGGAUAGACAGAGCACAGGAACAUCUCAACUUCGUAUCUGAAAUCUCCCAGGAAGAGAUCUUCAUCCUUGACCCUGAACUGGUUGUCACGACGACAGUAGGCACCUCCCCUUCGCACAUACCUGACCUGGUCAACCCUGCCUCCUUCAGUCUAGCAGACAGCAGGGUCAACACCUCUCAGACCUCUGAGAAUGUCUUUGCCUCCCCUGUUGGUUCUUCCUUUACUUCGCCCUCAUUCUCAGUCCCCAGGCAACGGGUGAACAGUGACAGCUCUGCAACUGAAGCUGUAACACACAACACAGCACCUAUUACCAGCAAACUCAUCAGGUCGGGUUGCAUUCAUCGAUCCAACACCACUGCUGCAGAUUCUAACCUGAAGCUAAAACAGAACAAGAGGCAGAAGACAAGCGACACAGAGAAGGAGAGAGAAAAAGAGAUGUUGAUUGAGAGUGUGAAGAACAAUGACGUAAAGAAGCUGCAGGCGCUGCAUCUGAAGGGGGCAGACUUCUCAGUGCUGGACGAAUCAGGGUGCAGUUUGCUACAUCAUGCUGUCAGUACUGGAAGCAAAGAGAUGGUCUGCUACAUCCUUCAUAAUGCUCCAUCUGAACUGCUUGAUGUCACAGAAAGACUACAUGGGGAAACAGCCCUUCAUCGAGCUGCAUCACUGUGUCACAGGUCCAUCUGUCACUAUUUGGUGGAGGCAGGAGCCUCACUUAUGAAAACAGACCUACAGGGGGACACUCCUAAGAACAGGGCUGAGAAGGCUCAUGAUGAAGAACUUACAGCCUACUUGGAGAACAGGCAGCAUUACCAGAUGAUACAAAGGGAGGAUCAGGAAACGGCUGUCUGAAAUGGUUGAACUCUUUAUACAGAGAAUAUGAAGUGCCAUCUUCUUCCUCGUCUGACUGUUGACAAUAGCUGAUUGAUGCAGGUGCGACAAGAGGAUCAGACACAUAUUCCAGUUUAUUGCUGACAUUUUUAAAAAGCUGACUGUAUGUGAAGUUAUGCCAAAUCUGAUUUCAACAUUUAACACAGAGGGCUGGCAAGUUAUAUUGAACUUGUAAAUGCUUAGAUUAUGAGAUGUUCAUUCAUUUUUUUCAUUUGGAAUACUUCAGUAAUAAAAUGUUUUUGGUGAAAUUAUGUUGUUUCUAUUUGGAACGGACACUGAAAGGGAUCAUCUACCAUAAACUACUGAUGUUUCGUACAUACUGUAAUGUAAAUGUUAUAAUGUAACAAUUCAAAAAUGUCUUUAUUAUAACAUAAGCUGUGUGUAGUGGUAUUUGAAACUGACUGUGGAGGAAAGUUUAUAAAAUGGCCAGUUAAUUUUAUGGUAAUCAGACCAUAAUUGUGAUACAUUGAUCUGUUGAACAGACUGUUGUUUGGCAAACUAAAUUCAUUAAAAGCUUAAUACAACUUAAAAUCACAAGGUUCUAUGGCUUUAAUCUAGUGUCCUUUCAAGUGUUUGACUUAAUGUUGGACACAUCAACAAAAUCCAAUUUUGACAAAUCCAGUUCAUAAUUUAUUAAUUAAACAUAAACGUCAUAAUCAUUGUGCAUGAGAUAAGACCCUAAUUCUGAUGAUCUCCCCUCAUGCAUACAAAUUGUUAUACAAACUAUAAUUUGUUGACUUCAAUCAGCAUGUCCUGGAAAGAAUAAUCAUCUAUAUGUUGGUGAUAAUGGGUGGUAAUUUACUAGUGCCUGAAAUACUAAUACCAUUAAAAAUGGUAUUGUUAAAUUCUUGGCGGCAGGAGUAGUAGUUGUGGUUUUAAAAUACCCAUCCAUUUACUGAAGAAAAAGUCAUUUAUUUUUUACCUUGUGCAGUGAGAUCAAUAUCAGCAGUGAAUGUAAACUGCAUUUAAUAUUUUGGAUUCUACAACUUUCAGUCUCCACAUAAUCCGCUUGAAAAGUUGUAUGGUUUCGAGGAACAUGUGAGACAAACGUGCACCAUUCAAAGAGAAAAUCAACAGAAAUAAGUGCAAAAGCAGAGAAACCUUAAUGCACAGACUAAUCCAAACACUUUUGCAUGGUGUUGCAUUGUGUUUACAGGGUGGUGAAAAAUCAGCAUCCUCAUGUUCUCUCUGAACAAAUGUGAAACAAAGAAAGACUCAUACUCAAAACUCUAAACUAUGAUGAGAAACCUGGCAGUGCUCGGUUAAUGACAAAAGUCUCUCAUGUAUGAACGCUUUCCAGAUAGAAGCUACUGAAGUCUAGUUUCUCAAAGAUUACAUUGUAAGAAGGAGCAACCAACUGGAUCUUCUUAAUAUGUAUGAAAUUUAACUAUAAUGUCCAACACAUUCUAAUCAGCUUAGUAGUGUAGAUUUUGGGUGUGUUGAUUAGUAAACCAAAAGAAAUAAAAUUUACUUAUAAUGUUAUGUUUUGAUUGUGAUGAUGCAUCUUUGAACUUGUAUUAUGUAUUCAGGUUAGUUUUACAUCGACAAUUAAGUCUUAUCUAUAUAUAUCUAUAUCUAUAUAUAUAGAUAUAUAUAUAUAUACUAUUUUUUUUUUACAUCUGUUGCCAAUGUCAUUUUUAUUCUUUCAUGCUUAUUCAUUUUAUUAGUUAAAUCAUCAUUGUAAAAUUGUUUUUCUCUGCUUUUGUUAAUUUGAUUUAAGUUCUUUGUAUAAUUUCUUUAAGAGAUCAUAUGAAGAAAAUAAAAGAAGAUACUAAGUGUUAUAUCACAUUCAAUGUCUUGUGUAGAGAUGGGAUUUCCAGCUCUUUGAGGGAAAUUAAAAAAAAAAAAAAAUAUGAAUAUUUGAA